AUGUCGACAACUACAACAUAUAUUGCUGAUUCACAACGUGUAUUCGCCGUAUCAAAAGAAAAUAAUAAUUUUCAAUCACUGGCUAAUCUGAUUUCCAUUUGCGAAAAAAAACACAGAGAAUUUCCACGUCUUGAACAAGCUAUUCUUCAAUUAGAUUUUGAUUUCUACAAUGAUCUUCUUCCAACAAUAGCUCAAUGGGCUUCUGAUCAUACACAAGCUAACCCUAUUCAACCACUUCAAGCAAAUACAACAGCAACAGUUGUUUAUACACCAUCGCAAGCACGUUAUAUUCUUGCAAAUGCUUUUUUUCUUAAUACAAUACAAGGAUAUGGAAAUAUUGAUCUAAAUCAUUUAUAUAAUACAUAUGAUGAGAAAUUAGCUAUUGCAAGAAUACGAUGUUUAAUAGAAUAUUUUCGUUUAUCAUCAUUACAUCACGAUGAUGAUAAUCGACAAAUAUCAAUUGAACGAUAUUGUUAUGGUACUGAAUUACCAGAUUGGAAUAAACAAAAUAUUCUUAUUCAAUCAUCGAAAAUUAAUAUAUUUACUGAUCGAAUGGAAGAUGCAAAUGAAGCACAAGGUUUUGUUGAUUUUGCCAAUAAACAUAUUCAUAUACAUAGAAUUAUCCCAUCAGCAACACAAGAAGAAGUUUUAUUUAGUUGUUGUCCAGAAGCAUUUUUAUCAAUUCUUAUUUGUGAAACAUUAGAAGAUGAUGAAAUUGUUAUUCUUCGUGGAUGUAAACGAUUCGUUGAUUAUACUGGUUAUGCUGAUACAUUUUGUUAUAAAGGUCACUAUGAACAAUCAAAUUCAAAUCAUAUUCAAGAUAUUCUUGUUAUGGAUGCUGUUUUUUCUGGACAAUUUACACGAGAAAAGAUUGAUCGAGAUCUAGGUAAAGCAUGGGCAACAUUUAAGAAAUCAAAAGAUGAAAUAAUUGUAACUGGUAAUUGGGGAUGUGGAGUAUUUGGUGGUGAUUUGAUAUUUAAAUUUUUACAACAAGUAUGUGCAGCUAUGAUUCUUGGGGAUGAUUUCAAAAGAUUAGAUUAUUCAGCUUAUCAUGAAGAAGAUUUAGCCAUGACAUUGAAAAAUUUAUUGCAAAAGCUAGAGCAACAGAAAAAAACUGUCGCUGAUAUUUAUGAAAUGAUGAAUAACUAUCGUCAAACUAGUGAAAUGGCUGCAUUACGACCGACAUUUAUUGAUUAUGUUAAUAAUUGGCUUAAUAAACCGUAA